AUUCCAAAUGCGUGGAUCAAAGGAAAUUAUUGGCCUGCCUGCUUGCCUUGCUACCUACUACUCAUAGAUGCUAGAUACCUAGACGAAUGAGCUCGCGUCACCUACAAGUCGCUGUAGCUCUUCGUCAUACUAAAAAAAAAAACUACCCUCCACUACCUACCUCCACCUUUUAUUCGAUUAUUUCGCCGUGAAUUUGAUUGCCGGUUGCCAAGCCAGGUUCGUCUGGGCAAGUAGCAAGAUAGCUUUGGAAAUCUUACUAAGAACAGCGGCCCUCUCUCACCUAAGUCCCGAACUAAAGAUAAAGCCUCUGGAACACACACAUAUUAUCUUACUUAUCGGUGAGGUGAGGUCUCUCUUGUAGUAGCAUUAUAGCUAAAUCGGCAGGAAACAUGACCAGUAUGGAAGGUUAUCGCUCGUGCAGCGUCGAGAAUAUUGCGAUCGAUCAAAAUGAAUGUUAAACCUGAGGACCCAGUGAGCGUCCAGACUCAGAGUCUAUCAGGUACACACUACGUUCAAAGAAUCAUGCGCAUCCCUGAUAACAGCUAUACGCCACAGUUGGGGUAUACUCCAGCACCAUUCUCGGUGUACAAAAUCUGCGAUUAUACCUCUCGGCUGCUGUCGGUGUUGGUGGCGAAAGGCGGCACAUUUUUCCUAAUGGACCAGAGGAAGGUGGCUAGGUGGAUAUGUUUUCGUGUAGAAAAGGCUUUCAUCAUCAACUUAUAUAAUAGGUAUGAUGGUAAGAAUAAUGCCACGGCUACCUCUGGCGACAACGAAACUUUGGCCGUGGGAAGUUUCCUAAGAGAUUUAUCAAUUAAUUCGUGCUUAUCGUUCAUGCAUAUAUCACAUCGUAGAUAUAGUGCCCAUACGCGUACCUACUACCUACCAACAGGCACACAUGGCCUGAUUAUAUUAUCUGCAAGCUUAUCUUGAUCUCCUCUUUUAGAGAAAGUUCCUGGGAUAGCUGCUGGGAUAGCUAUCCCCCACUCUUGACGAUAAUCGAUUUCCCCCAUUUAA